AUGUCGCGCCCAGUCAUUGCUAUCGCAGGACUCGCCUGUGAAACUUCCACUUUCUCUCCAGCACGGACCUUGGCCGAGGCCUUUCAUCCUCGUCGUGGCAUAGAAAUAAUCGACAAGUAUUCCUUUCUCCACGCCGGAACCCCUCUUGCAGAUGCUGCAGAAUGGAAAGGUAUACUUAUCGGUCAUGCACUUCCUGGAGGCGUUGUGGUACAAGCUGGUUUCGAACAAUUAUGUAGUGAAAUCAUUGCACGCCUGACGGAAUUGGUCGCCUCAACAACCAUUGAUGGACUGUGGUUUGAUAUUCAUGGCGCAAUGUGUGUUGAGGGCAUGGAGGAUGCUGAAGCUGAGCUUCUCCGCCGCAUUCGGGUUGUCAUGGGCCCUGAUGUUUUGGUAUCGGCCUCGAUGGACCUACAUGGAAAUGUGUCUCGCGAAUUAGCACAUCAAACGGACCUGAUAACGUGCUAUCGCAUGGCACCUCAUGAAGAUGCUUGGAAAACAAAAGAGCGCGCUUGCUGGAACCUUGUUAAUGUACUGGCAUCGCGCAAUGACAGCUUGAAGCGGCCAUUGAAAGCCUGGAUCCCAAUUCCAAUUCUAUUACCUGGAGAGCAGACAUCGACCCGCAUCGAGCCAGCAAAAAGCCUUUACGCUCUGUUACCUGAAGUGGAAGCCAUGGAGGAUAUUUUAGAUGCCGCGAUAUGGGUUGGUUAUGCUUGGGCCGAUGAACCGCGCAAUCACGCCGCGGUAAUUGUUACUGGAUGGGUUGAAGAUGUGAUAGCUGCGGAAGCUAAGAGACUCGCAUCCUUCUUCUGGGAAUCACGCAAAAAGUUUCACUUUGUGGCGCCAAGCGGCUCUCUUCAAAGCUCUAUCGACAAGGCACUGGCAUCUUCAGCAAGACCAUUCUUCAUUUCAGACUCAGGGGACAACCCAACAGCCGGUGGAGUAGGGGACGUGACUUGGAGCCUGAAUGAGUUGCUAGGCAGAGCCGAAUUCCGUCAGGAAGACGGCCCGACUGCGAUCUAUGCAAGUAUGCCGGGACCAGAAGCACUGACCAUCAUAACAAAAGCCGGAGUGGGUGCGACGGUGACCAUCACCGCGGGUGCUUUGGUUGAUAAUAUUCACUCAGGGCCUGUUACAAUGACGGGGAAAGUUCAUUCAAUCAAGUGCGGAGAUAUCCAUGCUGAGAUUGAGGCCGUCAUGCAAGUUGGAAGUAUCUAUGUGAUCUUGACCCGACGUCGGAAACCAUAUCAUCUCGAGAAGGAUUUUCUCGAACUCGAUUUGAAGCCUCGAUUAUCAGAUAUCGUUAUAGUGAAGAUUGGGUACCUUGAACCAGAAUUGUUCGAAAUGGCAGCAGACUGGAUCCUUGCUCUUACUCCGGGUGGUGUCGAUCAGGAUCUACCGCGCCUUGGGCAUCAUCGCAUUUGCCGCCCCAUGUGGCCAUUUGAGAAAGAGUUCUCCCACACUCCUGACCUCAGUGCGCGAAUUAUACCGUCCUCAAACCUGCCACUGACGUAG